GUUAACUCGGCAGUGCCCCUCGAUGCUUGGCUUCUCGCAGAGCGCGGAGGACGCCCAGACCCAUUUUCCAGUCUGGAUUCGGAAGGGCUGCUCAGCUUUGGACCCUUGUGUGUGGAUCGCUUUACCCAGAGGCUUGGAAAGCGCCAGUAUUAACCUGCUUCCAGGUACAUCACAAGGUCACCAGAGGGUCUUGCAGCCGUCUUGUUUCUGUGAAUCUAGACUUUCCUGUCUUGGCCCGAAGGAUAUUUACGUUUCGGUCGACAUAAUUUGAAGCCAAAAGUUCAGCCUGUCGAGCUGGUUUCUGCACAAUCAAGGUAACAAGAAUUGCCUUUCAAACUGCUUAACAAAACCCCCGACUCUUCGACUCUUCCUUGCUGGUUCCUGGCUCUUGCCUCCCCACCAGAAUGUCACCAGCUCUUGAAUUACGUGGAUUUGGGUUGGAGGAGAACUUGAAGGAAACGUGAUAGAACCGCUAUGCCAGACCACUCUCUUUGCUUCCCGUGGUCCGGUGGGCAUCGAAGCCGAUCGUGAGAAGGACCAGUCCCCUCCUUGCUUUUCCUUCCCCGUGCUGUACUGGGUGUGUGUGUGUGUGUGUGUGCAAGUGUGAAUGCGAGUGCGCGCGCGCCUGUCUGCGAGUGUGUGUGUUUGAGUGUGUUUCUGUGUGUGCGUGCGCGGCCGCCCUGCCUCUGCCCGAUCCCUGGGUGCAGAAACGCGGGUUUCAUGGGGCGAUCGCCGCGGAUCCCCCGCCCAGCGCGACCUGCGGGCAACGGCGGCAGUGGCAGGAGCCGCCUCUCGGACUCCCUAGGAUGCGGGUGCUGAGCUAUGGCAAAGGGCAGCGAAGUGACGAGCGAGACCCGCGUACGACUGUGAAAGCCACCUGGAAACACCUUGCCGGGAUUGUACCUGCGGGCAGAAAGUCUUCCUACGACCGUCUUUCCUCUAGAGGCACCAGAGUCCCUGUAACCAUUCUGCCAGGUGUUGGGAAGAUAUGUAGUCGCUGAGCACCUUACUUCUGUCACCAUCCUCAGAAUCAACUUUGGAGAUGCUUUCACCCUGUCCGUCUUCUGCAGCAGCCAGGCCGAGUGCUGACUCCUUCUCAGCAGUGAGGAACUCUUCAGACUCCAGAAGCUCUUAAAACUGAUCUACAAUGGAAAAAUUUCUUUUUUAUCUGUUUUUCAUUGGCAUAGCAGUGAAAGCUCAGAUCUGUCCAAAGCGUUGUGUCUGUCAGAUUUUGUCUCCUAAUCUUGCAACCCUUUGUGCCAAGAAAGGGCUUUUGUUUGUGCCACCAAACAUUGACAGAAGAACUGUGGAACUGCGUUUGGCAGACAAUUUUGUUACAAAUAUUAAAAGGAAAGAUUUUGCCAAUAUGACCAGCUUGGUGGACCUGACUCUAUCCAGGAAUACAAUAAGUUUUAUUACACCUCAUGCUUUUGCUGACUUACGGAAUCUGAGGGCAUUGCAUUUGAAUAGCAACAGAUUGACUAAAAUUACAAAUGAUAUGUUCAGUGGGCUUUCCAAUCUCCAUCAUUUGAUACUGAACAACAAUCAGCUGACUUUAAUUUCUUCUACAGCAUUUGAUGAUGUCUUUGCCCUCGAGGAGCUGGAUCUGUCCUAUAAUAAUUUAGAAACAAUACCAUGGGAUGCUGUUGAGAAGAUGGUCAGCUUACACACCCUCAGUUUGGAUCACAAUAUGAUUGAUAACAUUCCUAAGGGGACUUUCUCCCACUUGCACAAGAUGACUCGGCUAGAUGUAACAUCAAAUAAAUUGCAGAAGCUACCACCUGACCCUCUCUUUCAGCGAGCUCAGGUCCUAGCAACCUCAGGAAUCAUAAGCCCAUCUACUUUUGCAUUAAGUUUUGGUGGAAACCCUUUGCAUUGCAACUGUGAAUUGCUGUGGUUGAGGCGUCUGUCCAGAGAAGAUGACCUGGAGACCUGUGCUUCCCCAGCACUUUUAACUGGCCGCUAUUUUUGGUCAAUUCCUGAGGAAGAGUUUUUGUGUGAGCCUCCUCUCAUUACUCGUCAUACACAUGAGAUGAGAGUCCUGGAGGGUCAGAGGGCAACCCUGAGGUGCAAAGCCCGGGGAGACCCCGAACCUGCAAUUCACUGGAUUUCUCCUGAAGGGAAGCUUAUUUCAAAUGCAACAAGAUCUCUGGUGUAUGAUAAUGGAACACUUGACAUUCUUAUAACAACUAUUAAGGAUACAGGUGCUUUUACCUGCAUUGCUUCCAAUCCUGCUGGGGAAGCAACACAAAUGGUGGAUCUUCAUAUAAUUAAGCUCCCUCACUUACUAAACAGUACGAACCAUAUCCAUGAGCCUGAUCCUGGUUCUUCAGAUAUCUCAACUUCUACUAAGUCAGGUUCUAAUGCAAGCAGUAGUAAUGGUGAUACUAAAAUCAGUCAAGAUAAAAUUGUGGUGGCAGAAGCAACAUCAUCUACGGCACUGCUUAAAUUUAAUUUUCAAAGAAAUAUCCCAGGAAUACGUAUGUUUCAGAUCCAGUACAAUGGUACUUAUGAUGACACCCUUGUUUACAGAAUGAUACCUCCUACGAGCAAAACUUUUCUUGUCAAUAACCUGGCUGCUGGAACUAUGUAUGACUUGUGUGUCUUGGCAAUAUACGAUGAUGGCAUUACUUCCCUCACUGCCACAAGAGUCGUGGGUUGCAUCCAGUUUACUACGGAAGAGGAUUAUGUGCGGUGCCAUUUCAUGCAGUCCCAGUUUUUGGGAGGCACCAUGAUUAUUAUUAUUGGUGGAAUCAUUGUAGCCUCUGUGCUGGUUUUCAUCAUCAUUCUAAUGAUCCGGUAUAAGGUUUGUAACAAUAAUGGGCAACACAAGGUCACCAAGGUCAGCAACGUCUGCUCUCAAACUAAUGGGGCUCAAAUACAAGGCUGCAGUGUGACGCUGCCCCAGUCCAUGUCCAAACAAGCUGUGGGACACGAAGAGAAUGCCCAGUGUUUUAAAGUUGCCAAUGACAAUGUGAUACAAUGUUCAGAAACUUGUUCAAGUCAGGACUCCUCUACCACUACCUCUGCUUUGCCUCCUACCUGGACUUCAAGCACUUCUGUGUCCCAAAAGCAGAAAAGAAAGACUGGCACGAAGCCAAGUACCGACCCACAGAGUGAAGCUGUCACAAAUGUUGAGUCCCAAAACACUAACAGAAAUAAUUCAACUGCCUUGCAGUUAGCUAGUCGACCUCCUGAUUCUGGCACAGAGGGACCCACAUCUAAAAGAGCACAUUCAAAGCCAAAUGCUUUGCCGACUAAUGUUGACCAGACUGUCCAGGAAACACAGAGGCCGGAGUUAAUCUGAAGAGCACCACUUCUCUCUCUCCUGAAAAAACUUGCCACUGAUAUUUUUACCAGACAAAAUUUAAAAAUGUUUCAAUUCACAAAGGCUAAUUGUUGAACUGGUGUCCUAGAAGAAAUUGUCCACAGGAGCUGAAGCAGAAAUCUCUGAUGCCGCAGAACUGGCUCUAUCAGACCAUGGUUCAUCCCCUUUUAAAACCAAAAUUUUUUUUCUUCUGACCCGCAAGUAUUUUUUUUUUAAAGAAGGAAAGAAAAAAACCUACAUUGGCAUCGAGUUCUGUAUCAAUCCAUGUUAC